AGCUCCAGUCAUCAGAGGCGACACUAGACAGAUUUGUGGAGACAAUAAAAAAAUUGGACUUUUGGCACCGUCCUUCCCCUGAACCAUCAACAGCUCCGAGUAGGAUCCCAAAGUUGGCAUCCAGGUUUACAUCACGUCCAUCAGAAGCUGUCCCGCCCAACAAAAACAUGCCUCACCCUGGGACCCUGGCGAUGGCACCCAAGGUUCCAGCACCACCUUCAGAAGCUGCCCCAGCCCACAGAAAAGGCCCUCGCUGUGGGUUCCUGGUGGUAGCACCUAAGUCUGCAGCACCGCCAUCAGAAGCUGCCCCGCCCGACAGAAGCGGACUUCAUCAUGGGACACCAGCGGUGGCGCCCAGAGUUCCAGUACCACCUUCAGAACCCGCCCCAGCCCACAGAAAAGGACCUCCCCGUGGGACCCUUGCGGUGUCACCCAAGUCUCCAACACCAACCUCAGAAGCUGCCCCGCCCAGCAGAAAAGGACCUUGCAGCGGGACCCUGGCGGUGCCACCCAAGUCUCCAGCAUCACCAUUAGAAGCUGCCCCGCCCAGCAGAAAAGGACCUCGCAGUGACACAAAAUGUCCCCCAAUAGAAGACCUCCGGCCUUUGGUUGAUCCUGAAAAGAGCCUGUCCCUGUGCUUCACGCAGCUGACCACAGAUAACUGGGAGGAGAACAUGAAAGGACUGAAAUCUGUUCGAGCUCUGGCACGACACCAUCCAGAACACCUGCAGACCCAACUCCAUGAAGUCUGCCUGGUCCUCACAGAAGCGGUGAAAAACCUGCGCUCUGCUGUGGCCUGUUCUGCAAUGAGCACCCUAGCAGAGCUCCAUACCCAACUGGGUAAGGCCAUGGACAAGGAGGCACAGUGGACAGGCCACGUCCUGCUGCUGAAGUUGGCACAGACAACCAACGCCUUCAUUCACCAGCAGGCUAACCUCGCCCUGGAUGCGCUGGUGGAGAGCUGCAGCACCAGCAGAGUGAUAAGUGUUCUCCUCAACACAGGGUUGAGCCACCGUUGUGCUGCAGUGAGGGGCUGCACAGCCCAGCACCUCCACCAGCUGGCGGACAUCCUCGGAGAGGAGCAGAUCCUGACAGCAGGGAAGACCUUCACACAGAGUUUCCUUAUUGCUGUCAGUAAGAUGGCGGUGGAUGCUUCCCCAGACGUCAGGUACUACGGACAAAAGAUUCUCAAAGGACUCGCCCACCAGAAGGGGUUUGCGGCCCAGUGGGAAAGGACCAUCCCAGUGAAAGACAGGCGUCCCUUGGAUAAGAUCUUGCAGAAGUUGGGGCAGUAGAAGCGGCGGCGAUGGAAAGACUGGAGGACAUCUGGACAACAUCAGGCUUUAGGCUGGUCCGGAGGUGCAGGGGUCAGCUCUGUUACCUCACAGGAAGGUUGUUGUAAGUAUUCGGCCUUUCUGUGUGGAGUUUGCAUGUUCUCCCUGUGCCAGUGUGGGUUUUCUCCGGGUGCUCCGGUUUCCUCCCACAGUCGUAAAGAUAUGCAGAUUAGGAUCACAGGUUCUCAAUCUUUUUUCAGCCAAGGACCCCUUACAUGAUAGAGAAUUUACCGGGGAGGGUCACCUUAUGUAUGUUAAUAGGAAUAACUGGACGCAGCCUAAUGUUUUAACACUUCUAUUAAAUACCUAAACAAGAUAUAAAAAGGCAAAUCAAGAGAAAAGGGCUAAUUUGAAGGACCUUUCCUAUCACACAUAACACAUGAAGUGUAAAGUGAAGUGUUUCACAGUGCAUAGGCUAAAUAGAAAAGGGAUUCUGAUUACAGUAGGCUAAUUAAAAUACUAUUAAAAAACUGGCUGUUU